AUGAAUAUAACAAAAUUAACUGGUUAUAUACCUGAUCUUAUUAAACUAUUACAAAAUAAAGACGGAUUUAUUCCAGAUAUUCAAGUAGCAUCAUUGAAUCGAAUAUAUGAUGGUUUAAUUCAAGCAGCAGCAAAUGAUGAUUAUGAUACUAUGAUUGGCGAUUGUCAUGUUAGUACAGUUGCUGAACAUUUAUUAACUAUGGAUUUAACGCUAUUAAAAUCAAAAAAUAUUAUUUCGCAAAUUAAUGAUAUCAAAAGUGGAAAAAUUUCAUUUUAUCGUAUUGGUAUUCGUUCAGGUUCAGAAAGUGAACAUUAUUGCUUACGAGAAAUAUCUGAUGGUAAUAAAAAUUAUUAUCCAUUAAAAUCUCAACAAGAAUUAUAUGAUAGUUUACUUGAUGGAAAUAUCGAUGCGUCUUUUAUGGAUACUGGUAUGGCUGAAUAUAUUACGAAUAAUAUUUAUUGUAAUUUAACUUUAAUUGGACAAGAUUUUGAUAAAGGUGUUUUUGGAAUAGUUACUCCAAACGAAUGGUUAUAUGCUAAAGUUUUGAUUGUUAAUAUUUUAUUAUUAAGAGAAUCAGGUCAACUUGAUAUUUUAAGAGAAAAAUGA